AUGAAUACUGCUGGAUCAGUUGCAUACGGGUGGGGAGCUUUGAUAGUAGCUGCGGGAGUAUCAUUCUACUACGCCAAAAAAGAAAUUGACGCAAGGAGGAAAGACGCUACGUUGAGAGGUAAUAGACCUUUGGAGAAGUUGUCUUGGGAAGAGAAAAUUGCUCAACAGCAAACAUCUACCGCCGAUAAACAUCUGAGUCCGAUCCAAAAUAGUAUACCAAAAGAAUCGUUCAAGCCUCCCGAGGAGAAAAAAUGA